AUGUUUUGGAUAAAUUCGGUUUUCGUCGCGAUCAUAUUCACGGGAGUCAUAGAAAACGUUUUGACGUUUCCAAAACCUGGAACUCAUACAAAGAAAAAACUCGUAAUACGAACGUUGCCAGAAUAUAAAAUCAUACGAGGGGAACAAAUUCCGAUCGACGUUAAAAGGCAUAAACGUUUUCAUUACGACGAAAUAAACGAUUCGAAAGGUUUCGAAAAAGAUUUUCGAACGUUCGAACAAUAUUCUUUCGGACGUCAUAAUAAUGAUAAUGAAGAAUAUCGCGGUCAAGGUUUGAGCAGCUACGAAUACGACGAAUUUGGUGGAUUUAAAGGACAAGGCGCAUCGGCUACGAUAGCAGUACGAGUACAUUUAACAAUAACCAAUUCGGCGGAUAUAAACACACUCAGGAAUACGUCAAUCUAUUAA